AUGGUUCCACUCUACCACGGCCCUCUCAUCGAGAUACGACUCGAACCUAGCGGUCAGGAAUACACGAUCUCGAGAGACCUGCUCUGCACAGAGUCACCAGUCUUUUCGGCGAUGUUCAAGUCCGAAUUUCGAGAGUCCCAAGAACAAACAGUAACCCUACAAGAAGAGGCAGGCAUCAUCUCGACACAGGGUGUCGAAGCACUGAUCCAGUGGCUAUACCUUCGGGUUAUCAAUUUCGAUAUCGACGACAAUAGUAACCAUAUCUCGGCUGCUAUAGAGCUCGCAAGGCUUGCGGAUAAGUACGGUAUUAUCAUUGAGAUAGAAUCUUAUCUGGCCGAAGAUAUCAAGAGAGUCAUUUGCACCGCUCCCUGGGAGAAGAACUACUGGCUCACAACUCAGCACCUUGUUUCGGGGACUUUGCUGCCUCGCGACCACCCGGUGCGCCGUACCUUAGCUGCAGCUUGUGUCCAAGGGUAUCUUGAAGGCAAAACCCACAAGUUUGCCCAGGAGGCUGCGGAGCAGCCCAACUUUGGAGCUGAUCUUCUCCGAGAGGUGCGGCUAGUUCUGAGUGCGCCAAACGGGCCCGUUGGUCAAAUCAGUUUCAGAGAUCCUAUCGACAACAAACCGAUUUAUCUGGGCAAGGAUUGA